AUGCCGCCCAGGACAAAGCCCACUGGCUCCGGCCUCGGAAGGGCCCUCCUUAACCGCAAGCACAAGGAGGCCAUUGCCCCUCAGGAGACUCAGCUCUACGCUCUCGACGACUCGAACCCCCUUGCUUCGGUUACCCAUGAACGUGACCUGGACGAGUUCCUCGCCAACGCGGCACUCGCCGACGCCGACUUCACUACUGAGCGUUCCAAGAUCCGUAUCAUUCAGGCGGGAGGCUUGAUGCCCACUCCUCAAGUUAACCCUUUCCUGUUGAGCGCUGCCGAGGAGAAGAAGAUGGCCAAGAAGCACGACGAGAUGCGCAAGGGACUCAAGAUCCCUCGUCGUCCCGCCUGGACGCGCUCCACCACCCGCCAAGAGCUCGAGCAGCAGGAGCGCAACUCGUUCCUCGACUGGCGUCGCUCCCUCGCACACCUUGCCGAGGACACGUCGUUGCUUCUCACCCCCUUUGAGCGUAACAUUCAGCUGUGGCGUCAGCUGUGGCGUGUCCUCGAGCGCUCCCACCUCAUUGUCCAGAUUGUCGACGCGCGCAACCCCCUCGGAUUCCGUUGCGAGGACCUCGACGUCUACACCAAGGAAGUGGGCGGCAACGGCGGUGCCGCGGAGGAGGAUGGCGACGAGGGCGAGAUUACUGUCCCUGGCCCCGGCAAGCGCACGUCGCUCUUGCUCAUCAACAAGGCCGACCUGCUUACCAUUGAGCAGCGUGCCAUGUGGGCCGACUACUUUGAGGAGAAGGGUAUCUCGUACGCCUUCUUCUCGGCUGCCGACGCCGCCGCCGUCCAGGAGCAGGCUGAGAAGCAGCGCAAGCGCGAGCUUGGUAUCUGGGACUCGGACGAGGAGGCGUCGAGCGACGAGGAGGAUGGCGACGAGGCUUCUGGCGACGAGUCUGAGGAGGAGUCUGAGGCUGAGGACACCGAGGAGGUUACUGAGGCACUCGAGAAGACCGACCUGAACGCCGAGGCCAAGCCCCGCACAACGGUUACCGUCGAGGAGGAGGAUGUCGAGGAGGACAAGUACAAGGUGGAGGAGGAGCCCGUCGAGCCCGAGGCCGAGCGCACUCGUGUCCUGACCGUCACCGAGCUCGAGGACCUCUUCAUCUCGUCUGCCCCUCCCCUCUCCGACUUUGCUACCGAGCGUGACCCCAACCCCAGCAAGCUCAUGAUCGGUCUCGUUGGUUACCCCAACGUCGGAAAGUCGUCUACCAUCAACGCCCUCAUUGGUUCCAAGAAGGUGUCCGUUUCGGCCACUCCCGGAAAGACCAAGCACUUCCAGACCCUUGUCCUCUCGGACGAGAUCACCCUCUGUGACUGCCCCGGUCUCGUGUUCCCCCAGUUUGCCAACACCCAGGCCGACAUGAUCUGUGACGGUGUGCUCCCCAUUGACCAGAUGCGCGAGUACUCGGCCCCCGUCGACCUCGUGUGCCGUCGCGUGCCCCGCGCCAUUCUCGAGGGUACCUACAGUAUCCGUAUCGACGUCCGCGAGGUCGAGGACGGUGGCACUGGUAAGGUUGGCUGGGAGGAGUUCCUGUCCGCCUACGCCAUUGCCCGUGGUAUGACCCGUUCGUCAUUCGGUAUGCCCGACACUUCGCGCGCCGCUCGUUACGUUCUCAAGGACUAUGUCAACGCAAAGCUCCUUUACGCCCGUGGCCCACCCGGUAUCGACGCCGACGAGUUCAUGCUCACCUCGCACGAGCGUACCCUCGCUGCCAUUGAAGAAUCUUACGCCAACGGCCGCAAGCGCGCCCCCGAGACCCACGUGUCCAAGAACUCGGACACCUAUGUCGCCCCCGCCGCCCCCGCCGCUGCUCCGUCCGACGGACCUCUCCUGGAGGAGAUUGAGCCCACCGAGGGCGAGGGCGCCGAGGCGUCUGCUUCUGCCGACGGUCCUCGUGAGCGCCAGCUCACCUCGGCCUCGGUCGCGCGCAAGGCCGACACUGCGCCUGCCCGUACCGGCCGCCAGCGCGCCGCCGCUCUCGACGGCGCGUUCUUCACCGAGGCCGGUCCCGCCCCGCGUCCAGUCGUCAAGGGCCGCUCGCAGGGUGCCGCCGCCGAGGGUGAGGGCCAGCACGGAUACUCGCGCCAGACCAUCUACCCUCACCAGCGUCGUCUCGGUCCCGACGGCAUGCCGCUCAUCGAGUCCGUGCCCACCAAGGACAGGAACACUGGCAAGAAGCACUUCAAGAGGAAGGAAGGCAAGAUGCGCUCUGGAAGGGGUUACGACUAA